AUGCAUCCCGCAACAGGACUUCCAUUAGCAAGAGUCGUCCCUAAAGAGGGUGUCACUAUCCAAGGGAACUUCUUCCCGGGCGGCACCAUUAUCGGUGUCAAUUCUUGGGUCGCGCAUGCCAACGAGGAUGUUUUUGGGCCAGAUGCCAAUAUUUUUAGGCCUGAGCGAUGGAUCGAAAGCAAAGAUCAGGCGUCCGAGAUGGAGCGUUCCUUCUUGGCCUUUGGUGCAGGCUCGAGAACCUGUAUCGGCAAGAAUAUCAGCCUAAUGGAAAUGUCCAAAGUCGUACCGGAGCUGAUCAGAAGGUUCGAUUUCACACUGGCAGAUCCGCAUGCAGAGAUCCAAAUGGAGAAUGUAUGGUUUGUGAAGCAGAAGAAUUUAAAUUGUUAUGUGUCAACUCGUUAA